CUUUGUCGAAGACUGUCGUCGGUCGGUUCAUAAAAAUUAUAAAGAAAAGAUUAAAAUAAUUAAAUUAAAAACGCCAUUCUCGACUGUGUUGUAGCGCGUCCGUUCACAUAAUUAUACAGAAAAUCAUUAUUAUGUGCUCCGUUUCGACGAAAAAUAAUUUUCGGUUCGCGUUGAUUGCACCUAAAAAGGAUACAUCUCAACAGUGAACGAAAUAGAAAAGAAGUUACUUCUUCAUCAGUGUUCGCGACAGUGCUCUUGUGUACAACAUAAGGUUAUAUGUGUUGAUGUGCAUUUUCCAUUGCCGCUGGAUAAAAUGGCGUGCACAAAAAAUGUGUUGAUGUUAUUGUUGAUUGGGGGUGUUUUACUGGGCUAUGUGAAUGUGUCUUAUUGUGUCGAGAGCAGCAUUGAAAAUCACGACUUGUAUAAAGAUAGUAAAUGUGAACCGAUCACAAUACCAAUAUGUAUGGACAUACCAUACAAUUUGACCAUAAUGCCAAAUAUGCUUGGUCACACGCAACAGAAUGAGGCUGGACAUGAAGUCCAUCAAUUUGCUCCGUUAGUUAAAAUUGACUGUAGUCCUGAUCUACAGUUUUUCUUGUGUUUAGUGUAUGUACCGUUGUGUACCAUAUUAGAUCAACCAAUACCGCCGUGUCGAAGCUUGUGCGAAAGUGCGCGAAUGUGUGAACAUGUGAUGCGAACAUUUGACUUCGACUGGCCGGAAAAUUUGGAAUGUUCAAAAUUUCCGGAAAGUGGCGGUGACCAAAUUUGUGUCGCUCAAAAUACGACCAAUGCUGCACCGACUGCAACGAAUGUCGGCACCAGACUGGGAAUACCACAUACUCGACGACCCAACGGAUUCGUUGGACCACAUCGGAACAUGCGAUUUGUUUGUCCGGUACAGUUGAAAACACCACCAGGACUAGGAUAUUCGUUACAUAUUGGUGGAGAGGAAGAAAAGAAUUGCGGCGCACCUUGUUAUGGAAUGUUUUUCGCCGAAAGUGAGCGAACGGUGUUACGAUAUUGGGUCGGAUCAUGGGCAGCUGUUUGCUGUGCCAGUUGUCUUUUUACGGUUUUAACAUUUUUAAUCGAUCCAUCACGUUUUCGAUAUCCAGAAAGAGCGAUUGUUUUUCUGGCAAUAUGUUAUUUAGUGGUCGGGUGUGCAUUCGUUGCUGGCCUUGGUGCUGGGGAUUCAGUUUCGUGUCGGGAACCAUUUCCACCGCCGAAUCGACUGAGAGGUUUACAGAUGAUUUCCACAAUAACUCAGGGUCAUCGUCAAUCAACCUCGUGUACAAUUUUAUUUAUGGCAUUGUAUUUCUGUUGUAUGGCUGCAUUUGCGUGGUGGGCUUGUCUUGCAUUAGCAUGGUUCUUAGCAGCUGGACUAAAGUGGGGACAUGAGGCGAUCGAAAACAAAUCGCAUUUGUUUCAUUUGGUUGCGUGGGCCAUUCCAGCACUACAAACCAUAUCUGUUUUAGCAUUGGGAAAAGUUGAAGGUGACGUACUAUCCGGCGUCUGCUUUGUCGGCCAUCUGGACACUCAUUCGUUGGCUGUUUUUCUUCUCAUACCGUUGUGCAUCUAUCUAUCAAUCGGAGCACUGUUUCUGUUAGCCGGAUUCAUAUCACUAUUCCGAAUUCGAACCGUCAUGAAAAUCGAUGGCAAACGAACGGACAAAUUGGAACGAUUAAUGCUACGAAUUGGCUUUUUCAGCGGUUUAUUCAUCCUGCCCGCUCUCGGAUUCCUCGGCUGUCUCUACUAUGAAUAUUACAAUUUUGACGAUUGGAUGAUUCAGUGGAAUCGUGAUAUGUGCAAAAUUUUCUCGAUUCCAUGCCCGAAUAUCAAACCAAAUGCAACCGAAUCGAGACCAAUUUUCCAAAUAUUUAUGUUCAAAUAUGUGUGUUCAAUGCUGGUGGGUGUGACGUCGAGCGUUUGGCUGUAUUCCGGCAAGACUGUUGUCAGCUGGCGAAUGUUCAUCGAACGACUGCAGGGCACCAGCAGCCGGACGAGAGGACAGGCGUAUGUUUAGCAGAACGCCACCGCCUCAGAGCAAACUAUUAAAUGAGAUUAAACCAAAAACGACUGUGUGUGUGAGAUGUAAAAGUGUGAUUUGCUGAGAGUGUAUUUUUUACGUAAGAAACCGAUGGCGAUGAAGACAAAUGUGUGUGCUUGUGCAGAGGUUGGAGAUUGCUGUGCCAACUAACUAACUAACUAAAAAAAACAAUAAUGAAAAUUCAUGUAGAACAAUGUUGACAAUUUGCAGUAGUUUAUUGUGUAAGCUUUAAAGGAGAGCGAUGUAUUAUACGAAAAUGAAAAGCGCGCUUAAUAAUAGGAACGAUGUGUGACUAUACUGCCUGCCUGUAUAUAGGGUAUGUAAGCAUGCACA